ACAAGCCCACAACCCUACUCGCUUUAGAAAACCCCUCUCCCUCUCAAACUCUAACUCUUCAUGAAAUUUCUAUAAAACCUUUCUCCUCGAACGAACGAACCCUCCAAACACUCGGAAACAAAGAGACACCAUGAACAAACAACACUGAUGCUCCUUCUCAACAAGCCCCUAUUCCCACUCUUUUUUCUGGAAUUCGUUUUCCCAACAUCAAGAAACCAUGCGCCGAAGGGUCCGUACGACCUUCGUGUUCGGCUUUCUCGCUGUCGUUCUCUUCGCCUUCGUCUUUCUCCAUCUCUCUCGCGAUGCGAUUUCGGAGAAGGAGACUCGGUACUCGGCGGACAAUCUUCCGGCUCGAUCCAAGAACGCGAAUCUUGUCAACUACGCGGUACAAGAGGAAUUAGAGAAUCAUCGCGAUCAAGAGGCUCAAGAACUCGGCCACCUCCGCACUCGACGCGUGGCCUCCAUCGGGGACUCGGUCGCGACCGUCUCUAUUCUGUUGCCGGCCUGGAAGGUUCUAGUGAUCGUCUCGCCAGAGACUACGCUUUCGCUCGGUUCCGGCGAGAAGCACCGUUGUGUUUUCCAGAACAACGCGACGUCGGUAGCGAGUUUUUCCGGGGUUCUCCCGUUCACGAACCGGAUCAUGUUCAAGUGCGUCAUGCCGAGCAGCGUUCGUCGUCUCCGGCCGUUCUUGCAGCCGAAUCUGAUAAAACCGUCGGAGAACGAGUCUCCAGCUGCGACGCCAACGCCGCAGCUGAUUAGGUGGACUUUCGUGGCGUACGAGUCGUUUUCGACCGAAGACGACGUAGUUUUGUUCGUGAAAGGCGUCAAUCACCGCCAGGGAUUGAAUCGGUCUCCAGACGAGUUCAUGUGCGUCUUCGGUGACGGCACUACUGGUGCCGUUAAAACCCCUGUCUUGAGCUCCGUCCAGGAGGUGUUCAGGUGCCUUCACCCGAACCUGACGGCGGUUAGUUCUAGAGGGGAGGACGAUCGAAUCAAAAUCUCCCUCGAAAUCGUGGCCGAAAACCUGGUGGCCCCUUCGGUUGCGUACUACACGCCCCCGCGCAGCUUAGCAAAUCCACAUCAGCAGCAGAAGUCGCUAUUGUGCGCAUGUACCAUGGUUUACAACGUGGCAAAGUUCUUGAAAGAGUGGGUCAUGUACCACUCCAAGAUUGGCGUCCAAAAAUUCAUAUUGUACGACAACGAUAGCGACGAUGACUUGGGCAGAGUUGUUGAGGAGCUUAAUCGAGAGGGCUAUAACGUAACGACGCUCUUUUGGAUUUGGCCUAAAACGCAGGAGGCUGGGUUCUCCCACAGUGCGAUCUACGCGAAGGACUCGUGCACUUGGAUGAUGUACGUUGAUGUUGACGAGUUUGUUUUCAGUCCAUCGUGGCAUGCUUCAACGCAACCCUCCAAUCGCAUGCUCAGAUCGCUCCUGCCGAGGACCCCACUGAAGCCGUUGUCAUCGGGGCCCACAACACAGCGUCGGAUUGGUCAAGUCAUGAUCAGGUGCAACGAAUUUGGACCGUCGAAUCGGACGUCCCACCCGAUCGAGGGCGUCACGCAAGGGUACACGUGCCGCAGAAAGAUUGAGCAGCGGCACAAGUCUAUCUUGCUGUUGGACGCAGUUGAUUCGUCAUUGCUGAACGUGGUACACCAUUUUCGGGUGAAAGAGAAUUUCAGGUCAAAGGCAAUGAGCCUGGAGGACGGAGUGGUCAACCACUACAAGUACCAGGCGUGGUCAGAAUUUCGGGCCAAGUUCCGGAGGAGGGUCUCGGCCUAUGUUGUGGACUGGACGAAAGCGGUGAACCCCAUGUCGAAGGACAGGACUCCGGGCUUAGGGUUCGAGCCGGUUGAGCCCAAAAACUGGGCCCAAAAGUUUUGUGAGGUUAGGGAUAACCGGUUGAAGUUGCUGACGCAAAAAUGGUUUGGGUCUCAGACGCCGAAUGGGUUCCAAAAAAUGGCUUGGCAAAGAUGAAUCAAAUUUUGUUGGCUUUAUUUCGUGAUGGUUUUGAGAAUGUACAUGAAAGAGUUACCGAAUAGUUCGUAGUAGGUGGAGAUAGAUUUUUCUUACUCUUCUUGAUUCUGAGAUAUUUUAUUCCUUUUCGGGUGAUACCCCCUCCCCAGUCCCUGCGUGGGGGGUUGGCCGCCGCUGCCUUUAGCUGGCAUGGCUUCAUCCCAUUAUAAUAAUAAAAAAUCAAUAUUCUUUUACA